AUUCAGUAUCAAAGCGUCCUGCUGCUGCCUCUCAACCGAAUGGGAUUCCAUGUAGUCUGCAGAUAGACUUAACUUUAUAAAGUAUUUUUUCUUUAUUUUUCAUUGCGAUUAAAAUAUAUUUGUCAUCAUCAUUAUUAUUUUGCCUGCUGUCAAGUUAUUCUAAAAUUAGGAAGUAAUGAGCGUGGAUGCAUUGGGAAGCCCCGUGAUGGACCCUACGUUUUCCAAACGGAACACGGCGCUGAGAUUAGUUGACUUGGCAGGGGCUCACCACCAUCACCAUCAUCACCACCAUACCCCUCAGAGCGUGACAGGCUUCCCGGGGUUCAGCAGCCAUCCACACUCAAUGGCUCACUCGCACCCUGGGGAGAUUACUGCGGAACCCCGCCUGGGGCCGAGUCCAUUCGGGCCAGAACACAUGGGGCACUCCGCGGCCCUCAAAAUCAGCCCAGCCCAUCAUUAUCCCCACCACCAUCACCACCACCACAAUCAUCAUAUGGCAGGCCACAGUGAAGUGGUCUCCAGUCAAACGGGAGCUUUUGGCCCGGUUCAGGCGACAUCGGUCCCCUAUUCUAUGUCUCACACGGCCCAGGCUUUAUCCGCAGGUAGGGAUUUCCUCAUCCGGAGAGAUCUGACAGCUCAAGCCAUGCCAGUACUGACUGACCAGACUGCUGGUUCAGCCUCUCACCACGGAAUGUUUGUCUCAACAACAGGUAGCUAUCCCGGACACUAUGGUCAUCACCCUGAUGCUGGGAAUCAUACCCUCUUCUCCGGACUCCAUCACGACCAGCCUUCUAGCGGAUCACCGGGUGGCCAAGCGUUGAAUGGACAAAUAAGGUUAGGACUACCUGGAGAAAUGUAUGUUAGGUCUGAUCACUUGAGUCAAGUGGCAAGCUCCAGGGCUGAUCCGUUCUCCGCCUCGCCUUUGCAUGGCUACGGUGGUCUGAAUCUGAACAUGAAUCUUAGCGCUCACCACCACCACCACCACCACGGAGCCGGUGCCUUUUUCCGCUACAUGAGGCAGCCGAUAAAGCAAGAGCUGAUUUGCAAGUGGCUGGAGCCGGAGCUCUCGCCGAAGAAACUUUGCUCCAAAACUUACAGCACCAUGCACGAACUCGUAACGCAUGUGACGGUGGAGCACGUUGGAGGACCGGAGCAGGCGAACCAUAUAUGUUUUUGGGAAGAGUGUCCGAGGGAAGGGAAACCUUUUAAAGCGAAGUACAAACUGGUAAAUCACAUUCGAGUGCACACCGGGGAGAAACCGUUCCCAUGCCCGUUCCCUGGCUGUGGGAAAGUGUUUGCAAGAUCCGAGAACCUUAAGAUUCACAAAAGGACGCACACAGGUGAGAAGCCCUUCAAAUGUGAGUUUGACGGCUGCGACAGACGCUUCGCCAACAGCAGUGACCGGAAAAAGCACUCCCACGUCCACACCAGCGAUAAGCCCUACAACUGUAAAGUGAGAGGCUGCGAUAAGUCCUACACACAUCCAAGCUCUCUGAGGAAGCACAUGAAGGUGCACUGCAAGUCCCCCCCGCCCAGUUCAGGCUACGAGUCCUCCACCCCGUCCCUGGUCUCCCCCUCCUCAGACUUGGGCCGGGAGCCAGGAGGCUCAUCGGUGCUGUCGGAGCCGGUGGGAUCCUCCCAGCCCGCGAAUUUAAGCGAGUGGUACGUGUGCCACAGUUCAGGUGCCAGCGGCGCCCAAACACCACCCAGCGGACCCUCCACGCCCGACCCCACAGACGAGCCACCUUACAGAAACCCAGAACCGAGGGACGCGUUUUAACCCAAUUGGACCCAAGCACGGUGACAGAAGUGACAGAACACAUUUUCAAAAAGCUCAACUAUUAAAAAUGGUUUGGCUUCGGUGCCUAUAAGCCUGUGAGGGCCCACUGGUCCCCCCCAACCCCCUUUUGGAUGAGCCACCGAACAGACACCCAGAGCCAAGAGACGCAAUUUAACCACAAUGGAAGGAACAUGUGCAAACCUUAAAGACGUGCUAAUUUCCAGGCACAAUAAAAGAAUAUAUUUUCAAACCUCAGCAAAUCCAAACGGUUGGCUCAGUGCCUGUGCGCCCUAACGGCCCACUGGUCCACUUGUGGAGAGAGUCGUGUAAAUCCGUCCGACUAUGUGGUGCAUUAUUGUAGGCUUAGGCAUGUUGGUGUAAACUUAUUUUGUAAAUUCGAGUUUUGACUUCUAUAUGGUUUUAUUUAUUUUUCAAUCUGCUCUUGGAGGAUUUUGUAUUAUGGAACCAAAGUGCAUGUUUCAAUUAGGUCCAAAAAAAUGUACAUUUGUAAAUUUUGUAAGUUUCGAUGUGUUGAUGUUUUUGUAAGGAUCUGCCUCAAAGCAGCUUCUUACUGAUUACUGCAGUUAUUUGUACAAACAUUUUAUGUUUACAGCAUUUUCGUCCAUUUGUGCCAUUGGGGGUCAGCAAUCGGCCUGUUUCAUACGCCUGCAGUAUUUGAUAUACGACCGUGAAAUUAUAAAUGUUUUAUCAAAGUGGGCAUUUUGUGAUUUUGUAUCAUUGUCGUCAAUAUAUAUAUUUUUCCUUUUUGAAUAUCUGAAAUCGAGAGGCACUCAAAAUUCGUACCGAAUUGCCUUGUAAUUUGUGAGUAUUUUGAAUAAAUCUUGUAUGACUAAAGUGAAAA